AUGUCGGUGUGUGAAUUCAAAGUACCAAAUUUGACUGAUAUGAAGAUGAUCAUUCACAGUAAAUUCAGUAUCACCCCCUGUACUACUUGGCAACUUCAGUCAGCUUUGCAUCAGCUUGAGAAGAAGGAUGUCUUUACUAUUUCUCCAACUGGCUCAGGCAAAAUGUUCAUGUUCUGGAUCCCCCUUCUAUUCAACAACAAUGGAAUUAUUCUCAUAGUGACACCUCUGAAUAUUCUUGGUGAGAAAACUCAUAACGAAGCAAAAACACUGGGCUUCCCCGGCCUACAAUCUUUCUACAGAAAAUGCUACCGAUGA